UGGUACCCGUCAGUCCUGGACAAGCUAAGGCUGGCCAAGAUGCGUGAAUGUCUGCACACUCCUAGUACAAUGAAGAAGGGGCUGGUGCAUGCCCAAUGUCUGAACUUGCCAGGAUGGCCCGGAGGUUGUCCCGGCCCAGCUCCCAAUCUUGAUGAGCAGCAGCACAGUUUUUGAAAGGCAGGAAGGCAGGAAGGCAUCCCGAUCCCUCCUAACUAGGAACACUAGAAACCGCAAGCACGACGUUGACCGUUGUUGCCAGCUUGGGAAGGGGAUGAGGUUUCUAGGCAGCAGUGACGUGGCCAAUAGGAAAAGAUGGAGUGCACUUACGAGACUCUUGGGGCUCAAAGUCCCAAAGAAAGAGGCAUUUUUAUCCAAGAUAAGGAAGGGGGAAGCUCGGCUACGAUACAAAAAAUAUGGGCAGCUUACUCGUUCAAUAAGUCUUCCUUGCCCAGCACCGCGGAACUGUGGUGAACGAAUUGCAAGACUAUACUUGUGGAACGAUAUCAAGCCUCUUACAAGGGCCUUGCAAAAGAUAGCAACAGGUCAUGCAAUGCGCUUGCUCCAACAAUACACAAAUGCGGAAAAUGCAAUAACGAGACGUUCCUGAACGCACGAUACAGCAACAAUCCUUCGCCAACGCAACCAGCCAGGAAAAUAAAUGAGCAUCGUGACAACUGAGCACGGGUCCGAAUAUAUA